AUGUAUUCCAUAAUCCUGUGUGAGACAGGGGCUCUUCGGUCAGGAUCCGAACUUGUAACUUUCGAGGUAGCAGUCGCGCGGUCUACCGUUAGACCACGCAUCCCACUACAACAACGUCCCACUCCCACGCCGUCCCACUACAACAACGUCCCACUACAACAACGUCCCACUACAACAACGUCCCACUCCCACGCCGUCCCACUACAACAACGUCCCACUACAACAACGUCCCACUACAACAACGUCCCACUACAACAACGUCCCACUACAACAACUUCCCACUACAACGUCCCACUACAACAACGUCCCACUACAACAACGUCCCACUACAACAACGUCCCACUACAACAACGUCCCACUACAACAACGUCCCACUACAACAACGUCCCACUCCCACGCAUCCCACUACAACAACGUCCCACUCCCACGCAUCCCACUACAACAACGUCCCACUACAACAACGUCCCACUACAACAACGUCCCACUACAACAACGUCCCACUACAACAACGUCCCACUCCCACGCAUCCCACUACAACAACGUCCCACUACAACAACGUCCCACUACAACAACGUCCCACUACAACAACGUCCCACUACAACAACGUCCCCACUCCCACGCAUCCCACUACAACAACGUCCCACUACAACAACGUCCCACUACAACAACGUCCCACUACAACAACGUCCCACUACAACAACGUCCCACUCCCAAGCCGUCCCACUACAACCUCACCCCACCACAAAGCCGUCCCGCUACCACGCCAACACAUGCACUAUUCAGCUUGUUGCAGGUAGAAACCACUCCUUUGAAUAA